UUCUAUAAACUAAACUGUAAGUUUAAAACCGUAAAUCAAACCAAACUACUAAAUAAAGUUUGGAAAAAUAAGGUUUGGUGUGAUUCAAACCAAACUCUGAACACCCUUUUGCCUUGUUUUUUUGUUUUUUUUUUUUUUUUUUUUUAACCGGUACACCCUUUUUGCCUUCUUCUGUAACCCAAAUAGCUAAAAAACAAUACAGAGAGAGCAAGAGUGAAGAGUGAAGAGUGAGGAGUGAGAUUCAUGGAAAAAUUGAGAAUGGGGGAUUGCAAAACCAUGAAAUAUUAUGUCAGAAAACGACCCAGAAGAUCAAGUGAGGAAGAAGAAGACAGGUUGAGGUCACUUCCAGACGCCAUUCUCACCGAUAUUCUCUCUCGCCUCUCAAUUCAUUCCGCCGCCACUACCUCCGUCUUAUCCCACCGCUGGCGCCGCCUCUGGACCGGCGUCACCCGCGUUAAUCUCAAUGUUUACAGUCGAUCAAAAUCCACGGACAAAAUCAGCUACAUCCUACGCCAGCUUACUUGUCGGAAACUCCGCCACUUUGGUCUCACUCUCGAAGAGUGGUUCCAUUCUCCUGCAAUUAGUGUAUCAGAAGCAGAAUCAUUGUUCUUCCAAGUUUGCAGCCGAAAUGUGGAAAAUAUCAGUGUAAAUGCUGGGUAUGAUGUUUCCUUUUCAUUACCCGCUUUUCUGUUCAAUUCUCAAUCUUUGGUAACUUUGACAAUACUGGGUUUGCUUGAAUUGCCGAAAAUUAAAGAUUUGUGUGUUCAUCUCCCUAAUUUGAAGAAGCUUUCCUUAGACCAGCUUGAUGAUGUCCCUCUUUGUUUGGAGACUUUAAUUAAGUCUUCCUCACUUUUGGAACAUUUGGAUUUAGUGUUCAAUCUAGAUAUGUCUAGUCAUGUUGUGAAUAUAAUUGCUUCCAACUUGAAGUCGUUGUCUAUAACAAUGCUAGACAGUACUCGAGACACUAGAGUAUAUAUCGAUGCACCCAAAUUGGUAAACCUUAAAAUUGAAGAUUGGAGUUCAAUUUAUUACUUUCUCCGGAAUCCAUCUACAUUAGUCAAAGCGUGUAUUGGAUUGAAUAGGGUUGACGGUUAUUUUCUGGAAUUAGAAGAUGAAGAGGAGGAUGAGCAGGGUUACGGCUCAUUAUCUGGACCACGAAAAGAAUAUAUUUGCCAGAUGACCAAGUUUGUUGGAGGAUUGUCUAGUGUUAGCAAACUUGAGCUGAAGCUAGAUAGUUGGACCAAUAAUUUGAGAUAUUUUAAUUAUGUGAAUAUGCCAAUCUUCUCAAAUUUAACCUGUCUUGAAACAAAUUGCUUUAAGGAUUUGCUGACUUCUUUAAAUUGUUUUCCCAACUUAGAGCAUCUUGAGGUCUGCUUAAAAUUAAGUGAUGAUAUAAUGGAGAAAAGGAAUUGGUGUGCACCGGAUUCAGUUCCAGAUUGUUUAGUAAGUAAGCUAAAGACUAUACUAAUAACGGGACUAAAGGGCAUUGAUGAUGAACUCAGGCUUCUAGCAUACAUUCUGAGUAAUGCAAUUCUUUUGGAAAAGCUUCUUGUACAAUUUUGUACAGUGGAUGGGGCAUAUAUUAAAAAUGAACGUGAAAAAGCGUAUGCAGUGUGGAAGGAAUGUCAGUUUUGUAGGUCAAUGUUAAACCUUCCAAGGAGCUCCUCGACGUGUGAGGUUGUGGUUUCUGGUACGUCUGUCACUGCAUCAGGUAAUGCUGUAGAAGGUAAAUUCCUUACAUGUCAAAUAUAUUUGAGUGAAUACACCUGACAUAUGCAAUCUGUUUUCCAAAUGCAACAUUCUAGCAUAUGCGUUGCAGACUUGCAGGUAUUGACUACUAAGUUCUGAUUGAUUUUUGGUUUAUGUAUAAUUACAUGUAGUUUUGAUUUUGGCAUAACAAUGUUUCUAGAAAGGGAGGAUAUGUAGUUUUGGAUAUGUAUCAAGCCAAUCAAGGUAUCGUAGCCUUGCAAUGUAUUUUACUCUUUUCUGUAAGGUUUAUAUGAUAUAUUCAAGAUCGUUUACUACUUUACUUCUCUUUAUAUGGUUAUGCGGGGUAAUUCAUUUAUUUGUUAAUGCCUUAGUGUAUGUAGUAUGAACUCUGAAGUACAUCUAUAAAUGUAAUGAAAUUUUCCAAAAGCUCACUGGUGUAUCGAUAGAUUAAGAAGCUUAAAUUCGAAAGUUGUUCUAAACUAAUUUUAGGACUAUCAUUUUCCCAUACAUUAACAUGUACGGCUGACUAAUGAGAACAGGGUUCUUUGCAACUGGUGAUCUAUUUGUAAAUACUAAAUAGAAAAGUAAGGCAGAAGAUCAAAGUAAGAAACUGUUAGAUACAUUUUUAUCUGUAUAGAUAUUUGACAUUUUAUAUGGAGUAAAGAUUACUAAGAAAAGUUGGGGUGGGAUUUUUUUUUUUUUUUUUUUUUUUUUUAUACAUAAAGAUUCCGAGGAGAGGACAGUGCAGAAGCUGUUUUUACUAGUGAUGAGAGUUUAGGAAUCCUGUAUAUUCCCUUUCUGUUUAGAAUGCUAAAGCUAGGCAGCUUCUCUUUGUGCUUAAACAGUCAAAUCAGAUCUUUGCACUACCCUAGUCAUCUAAUUGGCAAGUGAAACUUGCCUUCUUUUUACUUCAUUUUUUAUUUUUCUAUUUGUGUAUGUUAAGACUAUCUCUAAUUGUGAGACUUUAAGGAGGUUUUUUUUAAGAGAGAGUGACUAUUUUUUGCAAAGAAUACCAAUAAGUUGGUAUCUAAACUUAGCAACUCCAAAAGAAAGUUGCUAAGUUUAGAUACCCAACUUUGAGUCUCA